AUUGUCAGAUGCUUCCUUGUAUCUUUGUAAUAUAAAGCAUCUUGCUCACUCUACAUACACAAUGAUAUAAUUCAAAGGUACUAUACCUAGGCUUUUGAAUGGUAUUUAAGGCUGUAGGCUACGGUUGUUGACAUCAGUGUUUUCGUCGAUGUGACAUACUUGUUCCUUGGUGCCACUGCACUGAACGGCUUUGGGAAAAGCUGUGUUAUUCGGACAUCGCACUCAUUUCCAGCAUGAUGGCACCGCCCUAUUGCACCAUUCUUACAGCGCUUGUGGUCGUAGUACUCACCGGACUGUGCUUCGCUCAUCCAGUCAGCAAUACACCUGCACCAGCAAGACGAACGUCCGUGCCUUGUGUAAGUGGUCCGCUGGGAAUGGAAAGCGGAGCCAUUCAGGACAGCAGAAUAACCGCGUCCUCUGUCUACGGCAGUAGUUUUGCUCCAAACACUGCUCGACUGAAUGUCGGCAGCAAUGGAUGGAUACCAAGCACUCCAGCUGACCAGUGGAUCCAGGUUGAUCUCGGUAGACACGUUGCAAUCACUGGAGUUGUGAUACAGGGAUAUAGCACAGGAUCUAGCCACUACAUAACUGCAUUCACGGUGCAGUACAGCGCGAGUGGCGGGUCAGAUUGGCAGGACCUGCGCAAUGCAGACGGAGACAUUAUCCGGUUUAGUGUAAGCAGUGGACGACCAACAAAUGUGACGUUCCCCGUGGUACCGAUGGCAAGGUAUCUCCGUAUAUUACCUCAGAUCUGGGAUUACACAACCUACAGAGUGAGAUUCGAAGUGCUGGGGUGUCGAGUAUCAGAUGGAUCACUUUUGCUCGUGGACGGUGAGGACGCCCUCAGUGGCCGUGUGGAAAUCUAUCACGAGUCCACAGCCACCUGGGGCGCCGUCUGUUCCAACGGUUGGGAUCUAAGCGACGCCAAUAUCGCCUGCCGCCAACACCACCGAUUCCUGGAGGCAGUUCAAGCUGGGGCGAGCUCAGCAGAGACUGACCUCCCGAUCGUCAUGAACCGAGUCGCCUGUAAAGGCACGGAGAAUCGCCUGGUGGACUGCCCGUUCAUUUGCACUGAUUAUCAGCAGUGUAACAGCUCACGCACCGCCACUGUAGUUUGCCGACCCAAAAUGAAUACCGUCCGCUUAGUUGGGGGUUCCAAUAACUCCAGCGGUCGCGUGGAGGUGUACCGUAACAACACCUGGGGAAGCAUUUGCGACAAUGACUGGGACAUCAACGACGCUGCUGUGGUCUGUCGCUUUCUGGGCUUCUCCGGGGCGCAGGCGGCCAAAUCCGGUGCUUACUUCGGUCAGGGCAGUGGUCCUGUCCACAUGGACGGUGUGGCGUGCACUGGAUCAGAGGGCAACUUCGGUGACUGCCCGUCUUCGUGUUGGGCAGAGCCCCAAUGCAGCCACAGUCAAGAUGUCGGUGUCAUCUGUCAAAGUGGAUAAAGACUGAUGCAUCUCUUCUGUGUUUCAACUCCCUUGAAGUAUGCCUUGUGUUUGCCUUCCUCGUGUUUUUAGUGUAGUCUCCGCGGAAGAAUACAGUGCUUCGUUUUUGAGCUGAAAUGAUUCGUCCCAAAUUGAAUUCCAACACCAGUCCAUUACUGUUUUGGUUAUAUCAUUCGGUGUUCUUUGCAAACAUAACAGCGGCAAG